CGGUGAUCCACGAAACCCCGCCCACCUGCAUCUAAGCAUGAGCAGAAAUAUAAGGCUGGCCGUCACAGGCCACUAUCAGCACAGUGUUUAGUGUGUUUCGGAGGUCAACAUGGGAAAAUAAGGUUAAAAUACAAUACUAGAUAGCGUCUUGUUGGUUGUUAAUAGAUUCACUUUGUGGCGUUGUCUGUGUGUUUGAACCGGAAGCAGUUAUCGGAUGUCGUCAUGGGAAGCAAAGUGAGUGGCAAGAUGGCAGCUGCCAGUCGGGUCGUGCAGGUUGUGCGACCUCAUGCACCUUUAAUUAAAUUUCCAGAUCGGAAGGGCAUCCCUAGGCCAAAUGUACAAGAGGCACUGAAGGUGCUUGCAGCCAGUCUCCCACAGAUCUCCCCAUCAGCAUCAGUAUCACCUCCACCCAGACCACCGGGACCUGUGAGCCGACUGCCUGGCACCCCUGACAGCAUUGAUGUAGUUAGAGAUCUCCCUCACAAAUAUCGCAGAAGAACCCUUGCGUUAGAUGAAAUGGACUACAUCCAGCGUGGUGGGCCAGAGUGACUGUUGUCUGGUCCGGUUCAUUCUAUCAGAUUCUGUUUAUCAAAAUCAGUUGCCUGACUUUUUUUUUUUUCAGUAUAAGAUGAGUUGAUAAUAUGUUAUACAGAAAACCAAACUUAUUCAAUUACAGUUUUAUUGUACAUACAUAUGAUUUGACAGCUGUAAAGUCUGUGCUUGGUUGUUUCAUUAUUUAGGUGCUCUGUAUUUACAUUAAAAUGCGCACCUCUAAUGACCAUCAUGAACAGAGUUUAUGAAUUUCCUCGUCCAUUGCAUUAUUUGUUCUGGAUUCAGAGAAAGGCACUGAUCUGAGUGGCAGCCACUGAUCUAUAAUAGAGAACAUAUGAAGAUCAGUGGUGCCAGCAUAUUCUACCAGUCUAAAAAAAAUGGAUCACUAAGUAUUGUGAAACUGAACAAUUAAAAUAUUUACAAGUUUUUGAAA